UCCUGAAUAAUCAGCGUUCUAGUGUGGCAGUCACUUCGACCCCCCCCCUUACUUCCCCAUUGGUGAAGAAUGUCCGUCAUUCUGAAAAACGGAAGCAGGCGCUACCAUUUUGAAACACGGCACUGCUUAGCGCCACCAUGGACAAGAGCAACACGGUGAAGCUCUUUGUGGGCAACCUGGCUCUGGACACCACCCAGGAGGAGCUGUCGGCCAUCUUUGAGUCCUACGGCCAGGUGGUCAGCUGCAGCGUCCUGCGACAGUUUGCCUUCGUACACCUGCAGGGGGAGGGCGCGGCGGAGCGGGCCAUCAGGGAGCUCAAUGGCCGGGAAUUCAGGGGGAGGAACCUGGUGGUGGAGGAGUCCCGGGGAAGGCCGCUCCACUCCACCAAGGUGUUCGUGGGGAACCUGUCGGGCAUGUGUACCACCGAGGACCUCCAAGAGCUUUUCCAGACCUUCGGCAAAGUCCUGGAGUGUGACAAGGUCAAAGCCAGGCUCUCCUCUUCUGCAGGCUACGCCUUCGUGCACAUGGAGAACAAGGAAGAGGCCCUCCAGGCCAUCGAGGCCCUCCACGGCACCUCCUUCAAGGGACGCCCGCUCUCCGUUGAACUCUCCAAGGUCCAGCCCUCCAAGCAAACGCCCACUGGGAAGAUCCCAUGCGUGAGCUGCGGCAAACAGGGCCAUUACGCCGGGGAGUGCCCCGUGGGGAAGCCCUCUCUGGAACAGUACCAGAGCCAGGCGGCAGUACUAGCCGCGGCCGCCGCUGCCGCCGCCGGCCUCCCGCUCCAGGUCCAGCAGAGCGUCCACAACUCUGUCUACAACACUUCCACCUUUGACCCCACCUACGCGGCGCUGACCGGCCUCACCACCGGCGCGCGGACGGACAGUGGCUCAGUGAACCAGGCAGUCUACGGCGCCCUGGCGACGCAGGUGUACGGCGCCAACGUUGCCAACCAGCUUUACGGCGUCCAGGCGGCCAAUCAGGCGGCGGCACUGACACAGGCCGGCGCCACCCAGGUGUACGCCAGCUCCAUGAAUCCCGGCCACGCGGCCCUCUACGGCCAACUUAGCCAGAUGGCGGCCAACCCCGCAGCGGCAUCUGCCGCAGCCUACUCCACGCCCGUCUACACGCACGCCAUGGCCAACCACCACCCGGGGGCGGUCUACCUGGCGGCCCCUGGCGUAGAGAUCCCGGGGGCGGCUGCCGUCAACCAGGCCUAUGCCAUCGCGCCGGCGCUCUACGGAGGUGCGGCGUCCGCCUAUGGCCACAUGGGGAUCGGCGCCAUGGGCGCCGCCAUGAGCGCGUCGGGGGACCCGUCUGCGGCCAUCUUCGAGGCGGCGCGGGCGCACUACUUCGUCCAGGGGCAGCAGGUCCUGGCUGAGCAGCAGAACGCCGUGGCGGCGGCGCAAGCGGCGAAGUCCGGGGAGAGAGACCGCAGCCCGCUGAGGCGCUCCGCCGGGUCCCUGCUCCCCGACCCCGUCAUGAAGCCCUUCAUGUACCAGAGGGCGCCCAAGCAGCGGCGGCCACUUCUCCCGACCCCAGCCGGGCGCGCGGCAGAGGAGGCGGCGGAGGCCGCCGAGGACCCAAUGACGAGAGAGCAGUAUCAACAGUACGCUGAAUACUACCAGCAGCAACAUCAGCAGUACCAACAGAUCCAGCAGUUACAAGAGCAGUACCAACAGUACGCUGAAUACUACCAGCAGCAACAUCAGCAGUACCAACAGAUCCAGCAGCUACAGUACUACGCGGAGUACUACCAGCAGUACCAGCAGUACCAGCAGCUCCAGCAAUACCAGCAGCUCCAGCAGCUCCAGUACGCCUACCCGCCCCCCAGCCACCACGCCGUGGCGGCCAUCCCGGCCCACGCCGUGGCGGCCCACCACCCCCUCCACGGCCAGCCGGGCCACGUCGCGGCGCUGGACGCCGCCCUCAGGCCAGUGGUGCCCGCCUCCGCCGUGGCCGCCGCCAUGGUGACGGCGCCCCGAGUGUAUGAGCCGCCGCUGCCGCCGCCACCGAACCGCAAGGAGGCCGUCCUCCGCCGAGCCCCCGAACUCUCCCUUCACACGCCUGAGCCCCCCUUCCGAUAGUCCACGCCCCCCCCCCCCCCUCAACCCCGCCCUCGCACACACCUCCUCUGUACCUCCGACCCCGACCUGCACCACACCCUCCUUCCUCUCAGCGGCUGUCUGUCUGUGUGUGUGUUCCUGUGUAUCUGUGGGUAUAUAUAUAUAUAUAUCUGUGUGUGGUGGGUCCAGUCGUCCAUCGAUCACAUUAUGGACUAACACCACGGCCUGGGUCUUCGCGCCACGCCAACAGUGCGGUUCGAGAAACGCUCCACCUUGCGCCGCGCACGGUCGGCAUCUCCGGCACGUCCGGCUUUUUCCGGCCGUCUCAAAAGGCGGCCCGGCCCCCCGUGAUACACGGUCACUCUGGGAGACGAGGCCGACGGGUCCCAGCCGAGCGGCGUAUCGUCCGCGCUGUUGCGUUGUGGUGCUUGGACCCGGAGUUGGCCCGGUGCUUGGGCCCGGAGUUGGCCCGGGUUUGUGUGUCCAGCAUAAAUUGGGACUGUGGCGCGAGGGCAAGAGAUUGUGGCAUCACGAACGCUCACAACACUGCCUUUGUUCUCCUCCACCAUCUUACCUCCAGGGGGUGGGGGGGGGGUUGACAUCACAGAUCAGUCACACUGUGUUUUUGUAAGAACUACCGCUCUACCAACCCCGCCCCCCCCCCUCCAAACCCCACCUUGCUGUAACCAGAACACUGAAAGACACUGCUGCCAUACCUCCCUUUGACCCGGUCUGUGUCUUCGCCUGCUCAAACAGACACGCUGGCGGGUUAAACCGUUCGCGCCCCCCGGAUUUCGCCGGGCUGUCUUGCCUCCGCCAACCAGGCAGGCUUGAUAUUUGCCGGUUACAAGGUGCGACUAUCUGCCUUUUUAGCCGAGGUUCACUUCAGGGGUCCGGAGUCCAUAUCAAUUCAAGAAGUAAAUUCCGAAUGUAGAAUUUAGAUGGAAUGGACCCCAUCUGUGGUAGAUGAAAGCCACAUUUUAGCAGCAGUUAAUUUGUACCUUACUACCAGAGUCUUACUGUAUCUAUGAAUCUUAAGAGGCCUUUUUUAGUAUUUGUUAUUUUAGUUUAGUUAUUUUCUAAAAUGGUAGGUGGGGGUCACUGAAGAGUAAAUGUUGCCCCCCCCCCCAGGGCCAUGUGUGAGUUAUUGUAUGGAUUUAUAAGGACGUCUACUUUUUAGACUCGCUAGAGAAUCAUAGUGAGUGUCAAUAAGCUUUACAUUGUGCCUAAGCUUUGAGUGAAGUGCAUUUAGCAGAGGGGAAAUCUCCUUUUUAAAGUGCUUUUUUUUUCUUACAUCUACGGUUGUCUUUUUAAUCUGCAGCGGUGCGAGGACGUUUAGGGCAACGCACCGCAGUCCUUUUUGUUGUUGGCGGCAUUGGUGCCGAUGAUGGGAAAUUACAAGAGAUGGAGCAGUAUCUUUCAGUAUCCCUCCGCCCCCAUGUCGUUGCACCCCUGCUGUAAAACGACUCGCUACCCCCGUUCCCCCGCCGUGUCCUUCCUCUUCGUCUCCCUGUGGUUUCAGUGAUUUCAUGUCUUUUAUCUCGCAUAUACUCUCUGUCUCUUUCUCUGUCACACAUGGUUGCAUCUCCUGUGGGAAUUCGACUGUCACAAAAUACACUGUCUUUGUUUGCUUGCCUUGUUCCUGACCGUAUGUUUUUAUUUGUUUUUAGAACCUUGUUAUUAUUUCUUUCCUUUUUACUUUUCUUUUUUUUUAACAGAAAGGAAAAAAAAUGAAAACCGGCAUGCUUUUUAAUAUGUAUACUAUACUACAUAUAGUAGCCACCAUUUAAAAUAAAGAAUGUUUCUGACUACUGUGAGAAAAAACAACAAAAGUACCCUGAGGUGUCUGAGAUGCAUUUCUCCCUCCUUGUUUUUCCUGCCUUUUUGUCUUUUUCCACUCCUUCCCGUCUCUCCCUCCUUGUUAUAAAAAAAACCAGACCCGUAUGACGGGGGGACCAGGGUGGCGGAAAACAGGAGUAGCAUCUGUCAAUGUGUGUUCCCCGCCCCUUAUUCUGCCUCGGUGGAUGGGGUAAGUCCGGGUUUGGGAUCAGAGCUCCUCUCCAGCCAGCUCUUAAGCUCUACUGACCAGACCGACUCAGUGUGUCGUCCUAAUGCUAUCCAUUUUCUCCUGAAGUGUUUACUUGUGCCCUGGUGAUAAGACGGUGUAAAAUCUCCCCAGCCCCGUGCCUUCCCUAAUUCACCCAUACGCGCGGGGAACGAGUGUACACUUCAGGAGGAAGGACGGGUUGUUGGGACACGGCCCUUUUCACCCGUGCCCCCGGCAAAGGCUUCCAUAACCUCUGACCUUCUGUGUUACUGCCGCUUCCUGCCAAUGCCGGCGUCGACCUCAUGCCGUUUGAAUCGCAGAUUCAGUGUUGAGCAGAGCAGGAGAGCAUUGCUCGCUUGCAGAUGACCUCUUUACCCUGUUUCCCGGUGGGCGGAAACGCACGCAGGCACGUCUGAGAUGCUGGGGGAGAGGCGCACGUAGGAUGUGCCAUUUUGCGGGGGCCGCGGGGGGGGCGCGAGGCUGCGCUUGCUCCCACCGAGUUUGCGAAACGUGGCCGGCGAUGCGUCUUGUCGCCGCGAACUGCCGUUCACGACGUGCAUGUGUCAUUCUGUGCUCUGUGUGUUGAAGCCACGUACCUACUAACUAUUUCAACUGAAAUAGGUCCUCGGGGCCCCCGUCCGGACGCCGGCGAGAGGGCGUGGCGCGAGGCGGCAGGGGGAAGACAGUAAACGUCGCGCAGGCAAAUGGGGAAACUCGGUCCACUCCACCAAGGUAAAUGAAACAAAAGCACUGUUUCCCCGUCCCCCCCAACCCCGCUGACUGUGCCUUGACCGAACCCCCCCAACCCCUCCCCCCACCCCUCUACCGCCAUCACCACCACCGCCACCCCUCAGUAGCUGCUCUUUCUCACCUGCGUUGACAUUGCCAAAGCCGGGGUGGGGGGGGGCUUCCCUCGGGGCUCUCGCACGCCGUGACGUCUCCUGACAGAUUUCCGGUGUCUUGUCCCGUCCCUCGACAUGCAACCGCUACAGGGACUGGGCCGUCAGUCACUGUGUGUUGUGCGUGCGUGCGUGCGUGCGCGUGCGUGUGAUAGCGGUGCGUGUGACUGACUGGUAACCACUUGGUUGAGUGUGUGCGAGAGAGAAACUGUGUGUUUGACUGACCGUGUGUGUGAUGUUUGUGUGUUACGAGGCUUGGCGUUCAUCUGGAUCCCUCGCUAGUGACUCCUCCACCGCCGUAUUCGCCGCCCCUCCCUCCACUCCCCCAAACCCACCCCUUUCUGCGCCUGUCCGCCGUACACAACGCUUGCCGCCUCCUGCCGCCAUCUUGGAUCUGUGGCUCCUCCUACCACCCACCCAACCCCACCCCCUGGCUAUGGUCGUAACCACAGCGACCUAGAGAGUGACAAUGGACACAGCGUACGGUGGCCUAGAGGGCUCACUUGCCUGGACAGAAUAUUUCCUCAUGAAAGAGACGUUUGGUUAGGGGGUGGCUUUUUUGCGCCGUGAAAGGUGGGAUGCUUGGUUGCCUGUGAAUGGGGGUUAAAUCACUGUUUCACUAUUUACCACUGGCACUCCUCGAAUAAGCCAGUUCAAAGUGAUCUAAUUGGAGCUGGAAAAAAUCUUCCGCGGGAUCACAUUUGUUCUGUCUGGCCCUCUCCGACCCCAUCAAGAAGGUCCUAUAAGACAGCAGGGUUGAUUGCCUGCAGAUUCACUGCAAUCUCAGGACUCCUAUAGGACUUCUAUGGUGUGGGGACUCCUCUUUACUGGUGGCAGCUGCAGUCCCUGCUCUGACUAGUUGUCCUUGUCUUGUGUGUGUAUCUGUUAAGAAUCUCCUGUUCAAAUGGAUGAACGCACGGGCCUUCUGAACAGCUGAGCGGCACUUUGCUGCUGUGGGGUCAGAGGUGACGGGGGAAAGGGCGGGCUCUUCCUGUUUCUCUGUCUUGCUUAUCCCAAAAAUGACUCUUGCGUGUAUAGCUGGAUGGAAAGAUGGAUGGAUUUAAGCCAGGUGAGUCGGUAAUGUAGGGUCUGUUUUCCGCUGUUUCCCUAACUCCGAUCCUGAUCGUGGGGGCCCUGAAAGACUGGGAUAUACAACGCUGGCGCCGUGUGAAAUAAGUAGUUCACCCGCUGUGUUAUGGACAACAUCUGCAUUAACAACUUGAGCUUAGGCUCACAUCCAUUUCCCAAAGCCUUGGGGGAUAUUUGGGGAUUUUAGAUCAUUUUCUACUGACAACGGAGUCAAAGGAACCCAUGGGCACGCUCGCACGCAGACACAUGGCAUGAGAGAUUCCGUCUGACAGUCAGUAGGAAAUUACCCAGAAUCCCCAAAUAUCCCUAAUACGAAGGUUUAACGGUGGUCACGGCGAAACCAGAAACAAAAGUGACCUUUCGACCUCCAUGAUCAGGACAUGGUGCACUGAAUGCCUCAGAGAUGGAUGUGUUCAGUCAGACUUGUUGAGUCACAUGCUUUUGCAAAUGCUGCUAGCCGAACAUGCAUCUGAAAGUCCCGCCCCCUGGCCUGAAACCCUAUAAGUUCAUAUCGACGGACUGACUGACAAGGACAUGCAUCUGUAAGUCCCGCCCCCUGGCCUGAAACCCUAUAAGAUCAUAUCGACGGACUGACUGACAAGAACAUGGCUGCAGCCUCUCCACUGCUUCUGUCCCCUUCUCCCUCCCCGGACAGGAAAGGGAAACUUCCGAUGCUCGCCCCUCUUCCCCGAAGGGUACACUUAUUCACUCCCCCCUCAAAGAACAUUUGUAAAAAAGAAACAAAAAUAGGAAAAAAAAUGAAGCUAAGGAGUGAACAAGUGCUCGAGGAGAGGGUGGAGAAUUUGAAUUGGGACACAGAGUUGUCCCAUGGAUAGACCCCUCAAUCCUGUCUACUGUCAGUAACACUUAACAUUGUUGCCAGAAUGCUACCUAGUCACACUGAAUAUUAUAAUGUCACAGUGCACUUGAAACUGCACUGUAAUCAAAGCGGGCUUAAUUAAGAAUCUGGGACAAGUCAAGUGUAGUUACUGUGUGUGACUGUGUGACUACAUCUGGUUACGGAGGACUGUUUGUAGUCCUACUGGCUGUAAAGGCAACAUAAUGUGAAGUGUUAACUCAACAGCUGUCACCCGAUGCCUAUUAUUUUUUUUUACUUGGAGUGGUUUUGUUUCUCGUGGGAUUGGAGGACAUCUUUUUGGGGAGGAAGCGUAUGUGUAUGCCAAACUGGAUUGUUGGUUAUGUUUUGCAAUGAACUGAUGUUCAGGAAUUUGGUGCUUUUAAAUACAUUUACAGAUAGAAAGAAUGGAUAAUCGGCAUGCCUAAUUGAGUUGAAGGGUGACACAUUCAUGGUGGGGGAAAUAUUACAGGUCUGUUUUAGAAAAUUAACUUGGAAUCUGCUGGAGUGAUGAUGUUUUGUUUUCAACACUGUGCAUUUUAAAAAGGUGAUUAUUGAACUAGUUUAGUAUAGUGAGCAGUGCAUAAAGUGGCCUUUUCAUAAUGAAUUAUGCUGAACAAAGGUGUCAAAACCACUCUGACAGAUUCUGGUUAACUCUUGCACUGUGAAAAUGUCACCUAAAAUGUAUUAUGACUAAUGAAUAUACACGGUUUAAUUUAAAUGUUAUCCAUUCUCAUAAUGCUUAUGUCUUGAGGCACUGUACAAUCUGCAUGGCAGUCCAAAAUAAAUGAGAUUUUGAAAUAAA